CCCUCGGGCGCCCGGGGCCCGGAGUCCGGCCUGGGGGCGCAGCCGAGCUCGGGCGGGGCCGGGGCCGCGGUGGCGAUGCUCUGGGCCGGGUAAGGCCGGGAGCGCCGGGCAGCUGAGGCGGGGGGCGAGCCCUUCCCCGGGGCGGCCGCGUCCCCGGGCCCGCCGCGAUGCUGUUCCACAGUCUGUCGGGCCCCGAGGUGCACGGGGUCAUCGACGAGAUGGACCGCAGGGCCAAGAGCGAGGCUCCGGCCAUCAGCUCCGCCAUCGACCGCGGCGACACGGAGACGACCAUGCCUUCCAUCAGCAGUGACCGGGCCGCGCUGUGUGCCGGCUGUGGGGGCAAGAUCUCCGACCGCUACUACCUGCUGGCGGUGGACAAACAGUGGCACAUGCGUUGCCUCAAGUGCUGCGAGUGCAAGCUCAACCUGGAGUCGGAGCUCACCUGCUUCAGCAAAGACGGCAGCAUCUACUGCAAAGAAGAUUACUACAGGCGGUUCUCCGUGCAGCGCUGCGCCCGCUGCCACCUGGGCAUCUCGGCCUCGGAGAUGGUGAUGCGCGCUCGGGACUUGGUUUACCACCUCAACUGCUUUACGUGCUCCACGUGCAACAAGAUGCUCACGACCGGCGACCACUUCGGCAUGAAGGACAGCCUGGUCUACUGCCGCUUGCACUUCGAGGCGCUGCUGCAGGGCGAGUACCCGGCACACUUCAACCACGCCGACGUGGCGGCGGCGGCCGCGGCGGCCGCAGCGGCGAAGAGCGCGGGGCUGGGCUCGGCCGGGGCUAACCCGCUGGGCCUUCCCUACUACAAUGGCGUGGGCACCGUGCAGAAGGGGAGGCCGAGGAAGCGCAAGAGUCCGGGGCCGGGGGCAGACCUGGCUGCCUACAACGCUGCGCUGAGCUGUAACGAGAACGACGCGGAACACCUGGACCGUGACCAGCCCUACCCCAGCAGCCAAAAGACGAAGCGCAUGCGCACCUCCUUCAAGCACCACCAGCUUCGGACAAUGAAGUCUUACUUUGCCAUUAACCACAAUCCCGAUGCCAAGGACUUGAAGCAGCUCGCGCAAAAGACCGGCCUCACCAAGAGAGUCCUCCAGGUCUGGUUUCAGAAUGCCCGGGCCAAGUUCAGGCGCAACCUUUUACGGCAGGAAAACACGGGCGUGGACAAGACCUCGGACGCCACGCUGCAGACAGGGACGCCGUCGGGGCCCGCCUCGGAGCUGUCCAACGCCUCGCUCAGCCCCUCCAGCACUCCUACAACCCUCACAGACUUGACUAGCCCCACCCUGCCGACUGUGACGUCAGUCUUAACUUCUGUGCCUGGCAACAUGGAGGGCCACGAGCCCCACAGCCCUUCACAAACGACUCUUACCAACCUUUUCUAAUGACUCGCCACCCCCUUCUCCCCAAGCGCCCCACGAUUUCUUUAAAAAAGAAAUUAUCUUUAGUUGAAUUCCAAGUGUAUUUUAAAAAUAGAGGUUUGAGCAACUAACUAACCACGUUUUAGGAUCUCGCCUGGAAACAGAGGGAAAAAAAAAAAAAGAAUUGUGCGUCGGGCUAACGCAGCGGUGUGUGCUAAGGAAUUACUUGGGAGAUAUAUUGCAACACAACAUUUGUGACCCUGUACAGUUUUGUGGACUGAGCGAGGAAAACAACAAAUAAUUUAAGUUGGCUGAGAGCUUCCGUAUUUUCAAAGACUGCCACGUGCCUUAGGAAUACUGUUUUAUCUUCGUACUUUGGAUGAAUUGUUCGUUUUUUUCCCUCUCCCUCUUUUUCUCUCUGUAUAUUUAUGACCAGAGCAAAAUGUAAAAAAGGAAAAAAAAAAACCAACAAAAAAAGUUUGUUACUUUGAAUAGUCCUAAAAAGAAAAAGGAAAAAAAAAAUCAACCCCCCUCCAACGGUCGCUUUCUUGUUUUAGAAUUUUAAGGUGGAAGUCUGUUCGGAUAUCAGAAUUUGUAAAACCUAACCAGUAAUAAAAUCACUUAU